CACUUUCAUCUUUAUUGAAAUUGUCACGAGAUUCACCUUCCACAUUAACCUUCAACCGUUUUGAUUGCUUAAACAUCUAUUUUAUUUAGCAUCAUGUUUCCCAGAAUCGUUUAUCUCUAUUUGUUUGUAAUUUUCUAUUUAACGAUCGCUUAUCCUGCCACAAAAGAAAUCUGCAGCCCGGGCGAUAAUAAAGAAAUUGAUUGCAAUAAUUGUUAUUGUGCCGAUGGGGAUAGUUGGAUUUGUACUUUAUUGCCUUGUUAUGAAGAACAAGAUAAAAGAUGCGAUUUAGGCGAAAUGAACGAAGAGGAAUGCCACCGUUGCCAUUGUAAUCGAAAUUUUAAAUGGAAUUGCACUUACACAUGUUAAAAACAACCUAAAAGAUAAUACUUAGUCAUUAAAAUUUAUUAAACAAUUAA